GCCAGGGAUGCCGAGCAGUCCGGAGGCCUAGAAAGACAGAAUCGCCUGAGCAGUGAGCGAUGUAGAAUCGGCAACGAGCGUCUGCUGUGUACACUGUAAACGCGACGCGCUUCCAAAUGAGGGCAACGUCCCUCUUCUCGCACCGACCGUCCUCUCUCGUCUGGACCUGGCGACAAGGACGGCUUUGCCCUCCAACACCACAAUUUUCAACCGUCAACUGCUCUCGUUGCUCGCUACCGCUCUCUACCCACCUUGAUUCUUCAUCACGAUUCACGAUCACGACUUUGGAACGGAGACCAUGGAACGUUCUGACUCUGUCUCGUCUACAGGCUCGAAGUCCGGCUCUAAUACGGCUGGGCCAUUUGCGUACCAGACGCGUUUACUGGAGCGUACCUCGUCGCGGAGUGGUUCCGGAACCCUAUCUCGCGCUGGUACUGUCUCAAGAAAUGGCAUCCUUGCAUCCCCUACCGGAGGCAACAGUACGCCCACCGCAACCAGGAGAUGGACGCCGACGCAUCGAGUCGGAAACAGCUUGGACACAGUACGAGGCAAAUGGGAGGAGCGAACGAGAGCGGAAUCGCUGCUCGAGCGUACUGCGUCGACGGCGAGCACGUCGAGCACUGCGAGCGGAGAAGGCCGUUCGCGUACGAUGAGCAUGACUCCUACGGCUUCUACCAAUGCGUCUCCCGAGGUCGUGUCACGGACGGCCUCUUUCGACCGCGUCUCGACAAUAUCACCCUCUAGGACCGAGGCUUUCCGUGACCCACAGCAGCACACUACGCCUCCCAUGUUGAAGCGACACACUAUGCCGGCACCUAUCAUUGCGUCACCCUUGUCGCCCAAUACCACAGGUAUCACCGUUGAAGGUCCAGAUUCCCCCACACAGCCGUUCUCAACGCCGACGCCUCAGCGUAUCCGCCUCCCCGUGUCUACACCCCUCGGAUCUUCGUCUGUCUCAGCGCUCAAGCAACUGAGUGAUUAUGCUGUUCCUUCAUCGCCGGAGCACCCAGCCCAGAGUGCGACCCCGUCGAGAGUGCGCCGCGCUAACACACUCGAGAGCAUCAAUCCGUCCUCCACAGGUUCGUCUACCUCGUCUGACCGCUCUGUUCCGCCAGCCGGCCAAGGGCGCAUCUCGCGCGUCUGGCCUCCAGAAGCGUCAUCUUCCUCCACUGCAACUACUGCUAAUCGGAGACCUACCUCGAUGUAUGGCGGCACCUACUCGGCACCGUCUCCUGACAAGAUUGGCGAACGGUUCAGCGGACGAACUGGUUCGAGCGCGACGUUCUCUCGUGCCUCAUCCGUCUCGCCAGACAAGUUCUCAAGCAGCUCAAAUCAACCGUCAUCUGCGUCCUCGGUUUCCUCUGUAAUGACCCCCUCGCCAUACCGAAGCUCAUACAUGGCCAACAAGCGGCCGUCUCUGUACGGAGAUAAUCUGACAACAGGCCGUCGAUUAGGACGACAUCUCCCACGAAUAGCCAGCGGAGACGCGCCGGAGGAUUGGGUGGAUGACUCCAAAGCCGACGAAGAGCCUCCGCCACCCCCGCCGAAAACCGACUAUAGGAGUCGACGAGAAGAGCGCCUGCAGCGCGCGCGAGACUGGGAGCCGCCAUCACCCGAGAAGUAUCGUGAAGCGGAACUCGUCGUUCCUGGAGUCACUGAUGCAGGAGACGUCGCGGGUAUCCCGGGGCGGUUGAGGUUGUCCAAGGACAAGGCGCCCAGCUCGCCGACCUCACCGCUACCUUCUUCAAGACUGACGAGAGGCCUGUGGGCAGACAUACAGAGACACCUGCUGCAGGCCUACGAGUACCUUUGUCACGUCGGCGAGGCGCAGCAAUGGAUCGAAGGUUGUAUUGGGGAGGAGCUGGGGUUUGGAGUCGUCGAGAUGGAGGAGGGCUUACGGAAUGGUGUUGUCAUGGCGCGAUUGGUGAGGGUUUUCCAGGGUGAAGCGGCUGUGCGCAGGAUAUACGACGCGCCGAAGCUGGACUUCCGACAUUCAGACAACAUCAACCAUUUCUUCCGUUUCGUCCGCGAGGUCGGACUGCCCGAGGGCUUCAUCUUCGAGUUGACCGAUCUGUAUGAGAAGAAGAAUUUCCCGAAGGUCAUCUAUUGCAUACACGCGCUCAGUCAUUUACUCGCCAGACGGGGUCUAGCUCAGCGCAUUGGCAAUCUCGUCGGUCACCUGCAGUUCACAGAUGACCAGCUGCAGAAGACGCAGAAGGGCCUGAAGGACUCUGGCGUCGUCAUGCCUAACUUCGGUAGUGUGGGUAGAGAGCUCGCGAAAGAGAUCAAUGAGGAGCCAGAAGAGGAGGCUGAGACCGAGGAUGAACGUCGAGACCGCCUACUGCUGGAGUGUGAAGACUCCAUCGCAUCUAUGCAAGCCGUCGCCCGAGCCUUUUUGGUCCGCAAAGCGCAAGCCACCCAGCGCGUUCGGAUACGACUGGCAGAACGAUAUGUGCCCAAGAUACAGGCUCAGUGCAAAGCUGCUCUCGUUCGGAGGCGCCUCGAAGGGGACAGAGCACAGCGAGUCAGUCUCGAGCCUUGGGCUAAGGCUAUUCAGGCGCAGUCCAGGGGUGUCCUGGUGCGAAGAGACUGGUGGGCCCAUAUACGAGCAGUGCGCGCCUCCGUCAAGUAUCUGGUCAAGGUGCAGGCACAGGCGCGCGGUGUGCUCGUGCGGCGUAGAUUCCUAAAGCUCAAGUCGGCGCUUACGAGUUCCCAAUUCUCUAUCAUGAAAUUGCAGACCGUGGCGCGUGCGCGGAUCGUGCAGAAGUCGCACAAGGAGCUCGCGAAGACGUUUGCGACGCCUUUUGUCAUGGAGAACAUCGUCGACUUGCAAGCACAUGCGCGGGGAGUCAUAGUCAGGCGGAUGCUCGCCCGCCAGCAGACGCUCCUGCAGCGUGCUACUCCCUACAUCGUCCAGUUGCAGGCUCAGACCAGGGGCCUCCUCGUCCGUCGACGAUUCCGCACGCAGAUGGCCAAGUUGGUGGAUGUCGCCGAUGUGGUCGUGCGCAUACAGGCGGCUGUGCGCACAUACCUCGCCCGCAAGCGGCUGUUGGGUCUCAUUCGAGGUCUGCGCAAGGCCACGCCAGCCUUGAUUGGUCUGCAAGCUCGUGCUCGAGCCAGACUUACCCAGCAGAAGCACGAGUCCAUGCAGAAGGCUAUGGCGAAGGUGGAGGUGAUGAAGUCGAUUGGUGGCCUGCAGGCAUUUGCCCGGGCUAGUCUUGCACGGAACCGUCAUCAAGAGCAGAAGAAACAACUUGAGUUCGUCCAGCCGGACGUCGUCGGAUUCCAAGCUGCCGCGCGAGGCGCAUUGGCCCGGCAGGAGUGGCACGCAUGGAGAGACUAUAUCCGGAGUAGUCAUCCUCAGGCUACCAUUCUGCAGGCUCUACUCCGUGGCGUGCUGCAGCGGAGGAAGUUCCGUGCGAAGAUGGAGUACUAUCGGUCCAACCUGGACAAGAUUGUACAGAUCCAGUCGCUCUUUCGUGCGAAGGAGACCCGUGAGCAGUAUCGCCAGCUCACGUUGGGAACGAAUGUCACCGUUGGCACGAUCAAGAACUUCGUACACCUGCUGGAUGACUCGGAAGCAGACUUCCAGGAGGAAAUCAAGGUCGAGAGGCUCAGACAGGACGUCGUCAAGCGCAUUCGGGAGAAUCAAGCGCUGGAGAACGACGUCAACGAACUCGACGUCAAGAUUGCGCUUGUCGUGCAGAAUGUCAAGAGCUUCGAGGAACUCACCAAGGUCCGACGACGACACGGCGCUGACAGCGCAGCUGUGCAUGCGGCGAGAGCUUCUGUCCUUGCAGCCCACGGGGAUCCAUUCGCUGGACCGAGCACGUUGGAUCGUUCGGCCAAGCGCAAGCUAGAGCUAUAUCAGCAGCUCUUCUAUCUCUUGCAGACCAAGUCCGAGUACCUGACCAGACUCUUCUCCAAGAUGUCUGCGAGCAAGGACUCAGAGAAGCACCGUAAGCUGACCGAGCGCGUGGUGCUUACUCUAUUUGGCUAUGGUCACGAUCGUCGCGAGGAGUACCUCCUGCUGAAGCUGUUGCAGACUGCAAUCCACGAAGAAGUGGAGAGCGCGACCAGCAUCCAGGACGUCAUCAAUGGACAUCCGAUGUUCCUCAACAUCGCCGUCCUGUACAUUCGACCGAAGCAGAGUGCAUACAUCCGAGAGACUCUUCAAGGUGUAGUCCGCGGCGUCAUUGAUGCGGACGACAUUGAUCUGGAGACGGACCCGACGAAGAUCUAUCGUGCGAAGAUGGAUUUGGAGGAGCUAAGAUCGGGCGAGGCCGCCAAGGAGCCCAAAGAUGUGGCGUUUCGCACUGCUCUCAACGAUCCAGAUACUAGGGCAGAAUAUAUCAGGCACCUCCAGGUACUGCAAUGGUGGACGGAAGAAUUCGUCAAGGCUAUCACUCAGUCGCUCCAGCGGAUGCCAUAUGGUGUCCGCUUCAUGGCUCGGGAAACACUCAAUGUCGUGAAGAGUAAGUUCCCGGAUGCCCCAGCCGAUCUGCACGCUGCGUGCAUAGCUAGACUUGUCUAUUAUCGAUACCUCAAUCCUGCCAUCAUCACGCCGGAAACAUUUGACAUAGUGUCGAGCACUGUCGACAUCGAGUCUCGGAAGAAUUUGGCGCAGAUUUCGAGAAUGCUCACUCAGAUCACCAGUGGAGCUGAGUUCAGUGACACCACCCCUAGCUAUAUCCCUGUCAACGAUUACGUUCGGAAGGCCAUCACACAGAUCACGACGUGGCUGCUCAGUGUGGCGGAUGUUCAGGAUGCGGAGACUGAACUGCACGCUCAUGAGUUCCUCGAUGCUACUGUCCAACCGAAAUCUAUCUACAUCUCUCCCAAUGAGGUCUAUGCUAUGCAUAGUCUGCUCUCCGAGAACCUUGACGAUCUGGCUCCCGCUCGUGACGAUACGCUCCGAGUGAUACUCAUGGAGUUGGAUGGUGUACCUCACAUCGGCAAUGAUGAGCUCAAUGAAGCUCGCGAUACGGCGGUAGAGCUACAUUUGACGAACAGAUUUGCGCAUGUCAGAGAUCCCGGUGCAGACGAGAAAGCUUUAUGGGUGCAGGCAAAGCGCGCGGUCCUAGCCAUUCUCAGAGUGCAACCUGCCAAGGACCUCGUGGAGUCGUUGAUGCAACCGGUCACUGAUGAGCAUGAGCUCGUGUGGGAGGAAAUUCUCCAAGAGAUGGAAAGGGAGCAACUGCGCCAUCAGAGGCGCAUGCCCUCUACCACCGGGGCUGAGUCUGCGUAUCGCCUCGAGGACAUCCGGUCAAUGACUUUCCGUGAAGUCAAAGCGCACGCUAUCUAUUUCCUUCUCGAGCUCGAAAAGCUGGGCAAAAUAUCGCGUAUGGAUGGCUACCAGGGUAUCCUGAAUGCCAUCGCUGGCGAUGUUCGUAGCAAGAAUCGUAGACGUGUACAGCGUCAACACGAGAAGGAGAGUAUGGAGGAGGCCUUGCGGUACCUGGCCGAACGGAAGAAGUACUUCGAGGAGCAGAUCAAUAGCUACCACAGCUACGUAGAGACCGCCAUGAACACCAUGCAGCGUGGUAAAGGCAAGAGGCGUUUUGUUAUACCCUUCACUCAGCAAUACUUUCAUAUGCGAGAACUGCAGAAAGCGGGCAGGUCGCCUCAGUUUGGCUCGUUCAAGUACACCGCCGCGCAUUUCUACAAGAAGGGGAUACUACUCUCGGUCGAUCAGUACUCACCACGCCAGUUCGACAAGAUGGGCAUCGUCAUAUCGUCCAACCAAGUCGGCGUUUUCACAAUAGAGAUCUUCAAUCACGCUCUUGGCAUCACAAACCGGAUCGCGGCUGCAGAUGUCAAAAUGGAAGAUCUCUUACAAGCGCAGUUCGAGAAUCGCGCAUCUUAUUCGUUAUUCGACGGUCUCGCAAAGUUUAAUCUCAAUCUUCUAUUGUGGCAAAUCAACAAGAAGUUCUAUGUAUGAUACUGUACCUCACAAUUGCUGUUUUCAUACGAUCGACACGACACGACUUGCAAUGACUACUCAAUCUGCUUGACACACUUGCACCGAUCUCGCAUGCACAUGUACCGCUAUCUCAUCCUCCCUUCAGUGUAUCGUUGCCAUGCUAUUUUCUGAAAUGCGAGAAACAUUAACCAUCUUCUCUGAUGAGUCUAGCA